AUGCGUAAUACUGAAAAUAAUUCGUUGAUUGACCUUCCUGACGAAAUACUUCUACCGAUUUUUCAAUCCUUGUCAGCUAUUGAACUUGCAGAACUUCAAUUGGUGAACAAAAGAUUCAAUAAUCUAGUUACCCCUUUAUUAUGGAAAUCCAUAUAUGUUUACCGUUCCUCCAAGGAAGUAAGAGCUGGACUGUGUUGGUUUGACUAUUGGUGGAUGAGUUUGGAUACAUUUUUGGGUUUGGCAAGAUCUCAAAAACUUAAAUAUAAGUUUAUGGAAAAGAUAAUAUUCUAUAGUGAUCAUUACUUAUCAGUGGAAUGGUUCAAGUGGUUGAAAAGAGAAAUACCACAGUGUUGCAUAGGAUUUUCGAAAAUAACUAAACAAGCUACCAUGAGAUGGCGUUGUGAAUGUGACAUGGCACCCACCAUUCGUUGGACGUGGCUUAAUUAUUACUACUUGAAAGGACCGGUCCAAUAUCAACCUGAAGAGCCACAUAUUUAUACAAGUAUAAGAAUUGAAUCGCCUGACCAAAGUUUUUAUGAUAAUUGGUUGCCCCUUUUCACUCUGUUAAAAGCACUCUAUAUUGACAAACCCAGUCCAUUCUAUGUGAACAAAAAGAUUUGUUUAACCCAUCUAUUUCUUGGAAAUGCAACAACUUAUGGAGUGUCUGUUAAUACUUCAAUCCUAGAGAAUUUUGAUUUACUGAGCUUGGUGUCAUUACUGAUCCCUGAGGUGACUUCUUGGAAGUGGGUCCAACUAAGUCAACUGCUUUUUGCUAUCAAGGAAAUCCAGCUUUCCAAUUCAAUUAAAGAUUUUCCAUUGUAUUCUCUCAGAGAACUUCAUUACCAUUGUGAUAUCCCAAAAGAGGACUUCAAGUUUCUACCUCGCCAUGAGAUAACUUAUUUAUCUGCGUAUCCGACCAAGAAUAACAAUGGUACUUAUACGCCUAACCCUCCCAAUCAUAGAUCGCGGCAGAAAAGAACAUGGGAUAUGAACCAAUUGGAUAACAUGAAAAAAUUACGAAAAUUGAAGCUUGAUAAUUUGAAAUAUCAGGUGGUUAAGACAUAUUUUAAAACAUUAUACGUUGAAAUACCUACUGGUUAA